AUGACCGCCAAAUCACGAUCUAGGCACGUUGUGCCUCACAGGACUGUAUCUGAAGCUGUCCGUGAGAGGGAAAUGCUUAGACAUUGGCUUCCAUUUCAAGCCUCCCAAGAAGGGCAAGAUUUUCAACAACGAGUAUCAUCAGCGAACGUUAUCCUCACGGCUCUCGCACAGCUUGGCAUCUAUCAUGUGGGCGCAGAACGAGCAUUUGUGUCUCUUUUCGACUCGAAAAAACAGUAUUUUGUCGCCGAAGCUACUUCUGGCACUUACCUACGCCCGUCAGCCCCGAAUCACGAACAAGACCAGCCACUCCGGCUUUGCGGGACCGCCGCCCCCCGAGGCGACGACGCUUGUGAAUACACCCUUUUGAACCAGGCUGGCGACGACCCCGAGUACGGUGGCUGUGUUCAACUCCCAGUCACUGUGGUGCCGGACCUGGCAAGCGACACCAAAUUCUCGGCCUGUGCUCCUUCUACGGCAGAGCUCUCCUGCGCUCGCUUCUACGCUGCUGUCCCAAUCCGCACGAAACGAGGCAUCAAUGUUGGCGUUUACAGCGUCGUCAAUACCUCUACGCGCCCUUGGACCGAUCUAAACGCCGAGCGUUUGCGGGACAUCUCUUCUGCCAUCUCGGACCACCUCGAGACAGAAGGGCUCAGGGCCGCCAACAGGAGAAAUGCGCGCAUGAAUAGAGGAGUGGGGUCCUUCCUUGAGGGUAGCUCGACUCUGUCCGGCUGGCGCUUCGGAUCCAACACCACCGCGUUCACGGAUGUUGUCGGAUCAUCAGAAGGAAGUCUCAAUCAGGCGCAACAGUCCUUGCAGCUAGAUAGUGAGGAUACCGCGUUCGGAAAGCCUCAGCCCAGCUAUGAUGCAUUGCCAGCGCAGCACGAUCGUAUUCGUGGCCCGCUUGAUCGUGCUGGAAAAGCCUCGGACACGAUACUGGAGAACCAAGCUCUGGGUAAUGUUUUUUCAAGGGUCGCCAACAUUGUUCGAGAAUCCGUUGAAGUUGAGGGCUGUCUCUUCCUUGACCCGAGUAUGCCUAGCUAUGAGACCCACAAGACACGAACCUCUGACCUUACCGCGUCUGCAUCAUCAUCAAGUAGUGACGAUAGCACCCAACGUCAAGCCGAGGAUAAUGGUAGUCUUUGUGACAUUGCAGGCAUUUCUACGUCUGCAAUGUCCAGCAUCGAUCGUGCUCGGCAGCCUGAGACCUCCGUGUCCCUUUCCAAGAAAUUCAUAAGAAAGAUGUCAAAGCGGUAUCCCCAGGGCAAGAUCUUCAAUUUUGGCGAUGACGGAGAGCUUCAGACAUCUGAUUCGUCAUGUGAUGAGAUGCGUUCUUCGAUCUCCGCGUCAACGAAUGUGGCUCCUCCAAAAAGUCAAGAAGCGCCGUUUCCUAGUAUUCGCAGCGCUACACAUAUAAAGCCUGCGUCACGCCAGCGCGAUGGCAAAAUCAUUUCGGCUGCGUUUCCGGGCGCUCGCAGCGUGGCUUUUUUCCCCGUCUGGCACCCUAGACAGGAGCGGUGGUGUGCCAGCGGAUUGAUAUAUACCAACUCACCUACCCGGGCAUUCACGGUUGAGGGUGAGUUGAGUUACUUACGAGCCUUCGGUAUGCUUGCUGCGGCCGAACUUGUACGCCUCGAGGCUCUGCAAGCCGUCAAGGCAAAGUCAGACGCUCUCGGAUCCCUGUCACACGAACUGCGUUCUCCCCUUCAUGGAGUACUACUGAGUACGGAACUUCUGGCUGACACGGACCUCAAUGUCUUUCAAAGUAACAUCGCGCAUACGAUUGAAACGUGCUCCCGGACGCUCUUGGAUACGAUGGACAAUCUUCUAGACUAUUCCAAAGUGAACAACCUUUCUGACAACAAGAAGAAUGUUAUUGGUGGCAGGCAACCCGGCUAUCCCUCCGCACCCGCGUCUAGCGGGUUUCUUAAGAAGAACCUUGUAAACGACUGCUCGGUUGAUGAACUAGUUGAGGAAGUGGUCGAGAGUGUUUUUGCGGGUUUCAACUUCCAACACAAGUCUAUCAAACAACAUGUGUCUCAGCAUCUACCACGAGGCAGCUCUUCUCAUGCGGACGAUGUAGCCAACUCCGCGUCAGAUUAUCUUGGCGCGAUGGAUCAGCUCAAUUCUGGCACCUCGGACAGUCCAUUAUCGCAGUUCCGUUUCGGAAACGUGACUGUGAUUCUCUCUUUGGAUGCCAACUGUGACUGGUUGUUCCGCUUCCAGGUCGGAGCAGUCCGGCGCAUCGUCAUGAAUCUUGUCGGCAAUGCGUUAAAGUACACACACAAGGGAACUGUUACCGUCUCUCUCAUGCAACAAACUGCUUCCAUCAGGCGUCGCAAGCCGGAACAAGUCAUUCGGUUCACGGUUGAAGACACGGGCAAAGGUAUCAGCGAAAGCUAUCUUAAUGGAGGUUUGUUCACGCCUUUCAGCCAAGAGGACGACAUGGCACCAGGGACCGGCAUUGGCCUCAGCCUGGCCAAGCAGAUCGUGUCGCGAUUGAGAGGCCAAAUUUCAAUCAACAGCCAAGUUGAUGUCGGAACUUUUGUCACUGUAUUGCUUCCACUCGAUCGGUCAAAGAUAUCUGAGACUGCUCUUCAGCUCACGGACCCUCAAGCCCAGUUUGAUGAGCAAGUUCGAAACAUGGCAGGACUCCGCGUGCGCGUUAUGUCUAAGUCUGUACACGGACUUGUCCCAACUCUAGAUCUACAUAAUUCUCUAGGUCGAAUUUGCCGCGAGUGGCUAAAGCUGGAGGUGCUCCACGAUGAGGAUUAUUCUAGGCAGCCUGAUGUCGUGCUCUGGACGCAAGACACAUUUGCUGCCAUGUCUAAAAACAUGAACGCUCUUGCCUAUGCCCCAAACAUAGUUAUAUGCCCGGACGCCCUGGCUGCGCAUCAGAAGACUAAGGAAUCUGAUAUUGCUGGUUGGCGAGGUGUUUUUGAGUUUGUGUCACAACCUAUCGGACCCCGUAAGCUUGCUAAAAUAUUGGCCCUCGCUUGCAGUCGUUGGACUAUCUACGAGGGGGCUCAUCCAUCUUCCUUGGCCGGUUCAACGGUGGGGCCCCGACCACGAGAGCCAGAUCAUAACUCAAGCAAUUCAUCAUGGUUGCAAAUUGCGCCUAGUUGUACUGGAUGUGCAUCACCGGGAUCACAGCGUGACUCAUCAGUUCCGGUUGAAACCCGUGGCAAUGCGCCUGGGGAAGUGCCAACACAUCCCCCACAAAGCGACCGAACAGCAGUCAGCCCACCUGAAGAAACUACCGGAAAGUUCCUCCUCGUCGAUGAUAACCACAUCAACCUCAAGAUUCUUUCUACGUACAUGAAAAAACUACAUUUACCGUAUCAUACCGCUACAAAUGGCAAGCAGGCUGUGGAUCAGUAUAUGGAGUCGCCACAAAGCUACAUCUGUAUUUUGUUAGAUAUCUCAAUGCCGGUAAUGAAUGGCUUUGAGGCGGCAAGGCAGAUUCGGGAGUUUGAGAACCGUCAAGGAAUCGACAAGGGGGUCGUGAUAUUUGCGCUUUCCGGCCUGGCUUCAGAAGAAGCACAGAGGGAGGCUUAUGAGAGUGGCUUUGACCUAUUCCUACUGAAACCUGUCAAGUUACAGGUGUUGGGCGAGACACUACAACAAAAUGGCGUACUAAAUCUUCUAGAUGGCAUUUAA